AUGCGCCGGGCCUGGCUAAUCGGGGCAUGGCUCCCUCGUGCGAGCCUGGCUCGGCAGGGAAACCAACCAAACAGGCCCAAGAAGAUCUCCAGCGCCAGAAUCCCGGGAGCCCAGGAGAAAGCCGCCGCCGUGUCGCCGUCGUCGUUCAAGUUGGAGGCCACCGGCGACGUGGUCCCAUCCGAGGACAAGGCCCCCCUCGCGUUGGAGGAGUGGGGGUUGGCAAGCUACUCCGACGAGGACGAGGAUGAGGCGGUGAAGGCCAAGCCCGCGGCGCCCAAGAAGGGGAAGAGCACCGGCAAGCCCCGCACGCCUUCCAAGGACAAGUAUCUGCUCAAGAAGCCCGCCGCUCAGCAGGACCAGAAGGCGAAGCCCGAGCCCGAGGACCAGUUGAUGCUCGGCCCGGCGGCGGGCCUCGGCGAGCUGCUGUCCUCGUUCGACUCCUUCGCCGACGCCGAGCGCGCCGACGAGAAGGACGCACCGGCGGCGCCCAGGGACGGCGCGGUCCACCUCCGCGUGCAGCAGCGCAGCGGCAAGAAGCACCUGACCACGGUGCAGGGGCUCAGCGCGGCCUACAACUACGCCAAGAUCCUGUUGGUGGAGAGUAGUGUACUUGCAUCAGAUGACACCUACUUCGGUGGUUCGGCUGAAUCUGUAUAUGUGGCUGGCGAAGACCUGCUGCCUAACUCCGAGCGCUGA